CCCCCCAAGGGGCCUACCAGCGAGAGGAUGUACAACGCGGCGCAUCUAGAGCGGGAUGACCGAUACGUGGAGAGCCGCGAGCGUCGAUAUGAGCGGUCGAGAUCACCGCGAAGGGAGGGAAGAGGUCGAUACACCGAUCGGGACCGAGAAGGAUAUCGCUCUCCACGCGACAGAAGCCGAAGCCGUUCACCAUACUUUGGGGGCCCUCCGAAUCGCAACGUUAUACUCGAGGGCCUACCAAUAGACAUGACACAGGAACACGUUGGCCGCCCCAUUUCUACCCUGUUGCGCAUCUUGACAUACGAUGCUCAUCGCAUGAUCUUGGAACUCUGGCUAAGUAUUUUGAAUGAACUACAACACAGUCUUCGGGUUGAAGGCUUAGAGGAAGUCAGAUUGAUCAAGGACAAGAGGACGGGCCUAUCACGCCAGUUUGCCUUUGCUCAGUUUGCCGGUGUGCCCGAAGCAAGAGCCUUCCUCGACCGAUACUACCCCUCCAUAUCGUUAUAUGGCGCGUAUGAUUCGAGUCAAGCUCCCCCUGCCGAGCCUACAAAAGUCCGGAUAGCAUAUAGCCGCGAAAAGGACGAUCGUGAUAAGCCGGGCAAAGGUGAAGAUGACUGGAAAUGCGAAGUGUGCUACUUGGCCAACUACUCUCAUCGAACACUAUGUUUCCGAUGCAAUGCUCCAAGGACUCGUGCCACCGCCCACGGCGUAGUUGUUGCCCAGGGUAAUAUGUCAGCCUUUUCUGGAUUUGCGACUACUGGCGACAGCGAUGUAUCUCCUGAUAGUACCGCUUCCCAAUUUCUUCUUCUCCGUGGCCUGGAACCUGGAGUAAACGAGGAACUUUUAGCGAAGGGUGUCAGCAAACUCUACAAGACGAAGAGCAGUACACCUCCGGCGGAUUCUCAGGCGAACAAAAAGUUAAAGAUUGCUUCCACGUCGAACGAUGCGAGUCUAGGUGCAAAAGACGGAUCGCUUCGACGAGUCUUAUUGAUCCGAGAUAGGAAAACCAAGGAGAGCUGGAGAUACGGGUUUGCCGAAUUCAGCAGUGUUGACGAUGCGCAGGCCGCCAUGGCCAAGUACAAAGCGUCCGAAAAAUUCACCAUCUCCUCUAAGCCAGUUCUCGUUUCCUACAUUCAUGCUGGGGUCUUCGUCCCGGUUCUUCAUCCAUUAGGCCCCGAAUUCGAGGGUUUCACCUUUAGUCCCUUGUCCAAUGCUGCGGUCAAAUUAAUGUAUUGGGAUGAAGCGGCAUAUGCAAGCGAAUUGGUCAUGGAAGUUGCCGACCAAACCUCUUCUCUUGCGGGUAAGGAAAGCGAACAUGCGAAACUUGCUGCUGCUGCCGCGAACGAAGGUCUUGUCGCUGUUGGAAAGGAAGGGGAGCCGAAACCGAAGAAAAGAAAGGCCGAUAAGGAGGCUUCAACCAGCAACAAAAAGGUUGUGGCACCUCACCUCCAAUUUUGGACCAACAGACACGCGGAGCUUCAUGGUCUCCCGCCAAAAGAUAAUGAGGGUAGUUCAGGAGAUUCGUUGCCCGAGACUGAAAAGAAAAGCCCAGAUGCGCCGUCGGAUGCACCGCCAAGUCAGAGCUUUGCAGAUUUAGAACGGAAGUGCUGCCUCCUCUGUUCACGUCAAUUUAAGACGGAAGCAGAAGUGAAUAAACAUGAGCGAAUGAGCCAACUACAUCGAGAUAACCUGAAGAACGAGAGUCUCGUUACCAAAGCAUUGGCGAAGCUCAACAAAGCCGGGAAUCCAAGCACGGAAACUUCUGCUUACCGAGACAGGGCUAAGGAACGUCGACAAGCUUUCAAUCAGCCAAAGCAGCCCGCUGCACAGCACAAUCGGGCGCCGAAAGUUUCUGGUGCGGGUAACUCGUCCAAGAAGGAAGAAGAGGAAUCUCCACCGGCACCAUCAAAAGGAGCUGCUCUGUUGGGCAAGAUGGGCUGGACGGCUGGAGAAGGACUCGGCGCCCAGGGAACUGGAAGGACUGAUGCAAUCAUUACUGAAUUGUACAGUCAAGGAGUGGGGUUGGGUGCACAGGGUGGAAAAUUGGGUGAUGCGGCAGAAGAAGCUCAUCGACAGACUAAAGGUAGCUACGCGGACUUUUUGAGCAAGGCGAAGGAUAAGGCAAAGGAGAGGUAUGAGAGUCUUGGAUAGGCAACAAUUAGUAGGUGGCCGAUAACCUACAGCAGCAGUUCCAUGAGGAAAUGCAAGACUGAGGGUCGGAAAUCUAAUAGCCUCCGGGGAAUCCAUGUGAGCCGGCAAUACCUGAAGAGGAGUGGUAUUGCGGCGCACAUGUGAAUCAUGCAAUGCCCUGCACUUCGGUCUCUCAUCAGGAACAUCGCCCGAUAGCCAGGUUGUCUGAAUGGCUUGUCCUGGCAACGCUUGAGGACCACAGCAUUAGCAUGAGCCUGGCAAAUAUUGGAUCUGGUUACACAAAAAUUGAUGUAUCAGUCGAAUCCAGGACAAGUUGGCAGUAUGUCGACGACUGCUUUCAUGGUUUUUGGACAGAGUAUCAGUUUUGAGGGUUGUUUUCUGGUUCGAAUCGAAUCAGGCCGGCAAUGACGGACACCCGCACUUUGUAUUUAUAUGAGCUUGUAAUUUAACCCUGUCUCUGUCUCAUCCUUCG